AUGCGACCGCCAGGCCCUACCGCGGUUGGGACGCUGCUGCGGCUUCUCUUGUUGCUCGCUAUUAGCGUGGGCGGCGCCGGCAGCAUUUGUGUUCUUCCAUCUUCGGGUUCGGAAAUCGAGGUCGACUUCGGUGGCGACAGCGGGGCCGUGCGCGUGCAGCUCAUAUCCAGGCACGUGGUCCGCGUGGAACCCAAGGGCGCAUGGGGUUGGGAGGACCGUCCCACCUUCAAUGUGGUCAGCCGCGACUGGGGUGCUCGCACGGGCUGGAUUGCCAGUGAUGUUGUGGCCCCGGUGGUGCAGCCUGUCAGGAUCCAGACGGACUACUACACCGUGGUAGUCAACGUGGGCCUCCUCGAGAGCGGCAUGCCGAAUUUCGCCGUGUACGACGGCAGCGGAGAGCUCAUCUACGACAGUUCCGUUGCGCCGGUGUCUGUCGAUCUGCUCACCUUCCCGCAUUGCUACUCCGCCAAAGCCUACGGUCUUGUGGACUCCCCCCGCUUCGUGGUUCCCGAGUGGGCAGUGGCCCCCAUGCCAGAAGGAGAGUCGGACACGAACGGCUACGACUUCAGCGGCGACGUGUGGGGCGACACUUACGUGUUCGUCCUGGGGGGCACGCGGGAGGAGUGGCUCGGCGCCAGGGAGGACUUUGUGAAGCUGAUGGGGCCGAUACCGCUGCUCCCGGAUUACGCAUUUGGCACUUGGUUCACGUGGUGGCACGAAUACGACGAAGAAGAGGCGAAGGGGGAGAUCCUUCGUUGGGAUGGCGACGGUUUGCCCUUGGAUGUGUGGGGCCUCGACAUGAAUUGGCGGCUGACGGCGAAUGACCAGGACCGCGAGUAUGACCACCCAAAUCUGACCGCUUUCCCAGACUUCGACGAGUGGUUCGAGUGGAUGAGGGCUCGCAAGCUUCGCACGUUCUUCAACGACCAUCCGUAUCCGAAGUCGCAGAAGUCUGGCGAGUGGCAGACUUCGCCGACGGAGGUCAAUCCAUGGGAAGGCUUGACAAGAUGGCUGGAAAAAGGCCUGGACUUCUGGUGGUUCGACCACAACUGGGGGUUCUGCAUUCCGCCUCCCAUGGUUGCAUCGGCGGCCACGAACUCGUCCUACAAGGGGCUCACUAACGUAGUGUGGGGCUCUCACGUCUACUACUCGAUCGAUGCGCACUAUGACGCAACUUCGCGCCCUCUUUUGAGCAGGCGCAAUAGCCGUCCACUGGCUUUGACGAAGUUUGCCAUGGGCGACUUCGUCGCUGGGGAAGAUCCAGGUCUUCAUGCCCAAACUCCAGCACAGCACCGAUACCCAGUGUGGUGGACUGGUGAUGACGUGACUCUGAAGGGGAGCGUCGAGAGCAUGGUGAAUGCCGGCCUAUAUGAUUUCAAGCCCUAUCUGCAUUCGGAUUGUGGUGGCGAUGGCGAGUUCUCAGCUGGUGAGUUGUUGCGGUGGACCGCGCACUGCGUUUUUGGAAACAUAGUGCGGUUUCACGGUGGGGCCCACCAGCCUUGGGUGUUUGGGGACGGGCCAGAGAACACUAUACGCCAAUACCUGGAGCUCCGCUACAAGUUGAUGCCAACCAUUAUCGCGUUCGGGCAGAGGGCAACCCAGACGGGGUUCCCACUAGUUGCCCGCGGCGACUUCUACUGGCCCGAGAUAUCGGACAGCCGGACCCCUGGGCAGUACAUCUGGUGCGACGAUAUCCUCGUGGCCCCGAUUUGGCACGGUGGCGAGAACGCCACCACCCGGGCAGUGUGGAUCCCCCCGGGGCUGUGGCAGGACGUCUGGAGCGGGGAGCUGGUGGAGGGUCCCCAGAGCGUCGAUUCCACUCAGCCGUACGAGCGCCAGCCCAUGUGGCACCGGUGCGACGGGGGCCUGGUGGUGGCCUCGCCAGAGGCAGCGCUCCGCGUGGAGGACCUGGACUGGUCGACUCUCGUCCUGGAGGUCUGGGCCGCUGCGGGCGCGUUCAAGACGCAGCGCGCCGUGUACGAGAGGGAGAGCGCCAACCGCACGAACGUCACGUGGGCUGGGGACGGGAGGGGAGAGCUCACGCUCACCAUCGGCGACGGGGAGCCGCGGGCCUGGGUGGUGCGUCUGCACCUGCGCCGGUCGGAGGUCGUGUCCUCGGUGCUCGUGGACCUCGCCAGUGCCGAGGUGGACCACGUCGAGGCCGAGGGCCACGACGGCAGCGCCGCGUCCCGAGCCUUCUUCCCCUUCGGCGGCGUCGGAGCGCGGCCGGCGCCCGAGGCUGGCGCGGUCGCAGAGCUGCGGGUUGCCCGUGGGCCUGGCCCGCGCGAGGUCGUGAUCCAUCCGUGGACAGUGCACCUGCACCUUCUCCGACUGGCACUUCACCUGACGAGCGCUUGA